GAUGGUCAUCGCUGUCAAAUAGGAAAAUCGUGUGUGUGUUGUUUUCGUGUAACGAUGUGAUGAUUAUUGAUCUACUUUUUGUCUAAUUUAACCGGUGGAAAUAGAAAUGAAAAAGCCCCUACUUUCUAACACAAAGUAUGAAAAGGUUCCUUACGAUGAAGACUUAUUUAUAUGCAGGACUGACAAAGACAGUGCUGGAUUAUGGUUGACAGCUAGUGAAGCAAGUAGUUUAGGUUAUGAAGAAGUCGCUGAGAGAUUACGAGUAGAUAUUAGAAAAGGUUUAGGUUGGCAAGAAGCAAACGAUAGGAGAACAGUAUCGGGGUACAAUGAAUUUUCUGUAAAAAACGGUGACCCACCAUGGAAGAAGUACUUAGAACAAUUCAAGAACCCCCUGAUCUUACUGCUGCUGGGUUCGGCGGUAGUGUCAGCGUGCAUGAGUCAAUUCGACGAUGCGAUCAGUAUUACAGUAGCCAUAGUCAUAGUAGUAACCGUAGCCUUUGUCCAAGAAUAUCGAUCUGAAAAGUCGUUACAGGAAUUGACGAAAUUAGUUCCACCAUCAUGUCAUUGUCUAAGGGAAGGAACUCCAGACACAUUUCUAGCAAGAGAGUUGGUUCCUGGAGACGUGGUACUCCUUAACAUCGGGGAUCGGAUACCAGCUGACGUACGUCUUUUCGAAGCUCAUGAUCUCACGUUAGACGAAAGCUCCUUCACAGGUGAAACGGAACCGGCAAAAAAGAACACGGAUUCAGUCAUCAGACCAAAUGGAGCGCAUUCGUCGAACACCAAUAUUGCAUUUAUGGGUACUUUGGUUAGAAACGGCACGGGAAAGGGCGUAGUUGUAAGUACAGGAACCAACAGCGAGUUUGGUUCAGUGUUCAAAAUGAUGUUAGAAGAAGAAGCUCCCAAAACACCUCUACAAAAAUCCAUGGACAAAUUAGGCACACAAUUAUCGAUCUAUUCAUUUGCUAUCAUCGGUUUUAUUAUGCUCGUGGGUUGGAUCCAAGGAAAACUCAUCAUGGAGAUGUUCCAGAUCGGAGUUAGUUUAGCUGUAGCCGCUAUUCCUGAAGGUUUACCUAUUGUAGUAACAGUAACCUUAGCCUUAGGUGUCAUGCGAAUGGCGAAGAGGAAAGCGAUCGUAAAGAAGUUACCUACGGUCGAAACGUUGGGGUGCGUGAACGUCAUUUGUUCGGAUAAGACCGGUACGAUUACGAGAAAUGAAAUGACAGCUACUGUACUCGUAACUUCCGACGGGUACAUCGCUGAGAUUACAGGCGCAGGAUACAAUGAUCACGGGCAGAUUUUAUUACAUACCAAGUAUGAUUUUCCUGAUAAGGCUAGAGAAAGUAUAAGGCAGUUGCUAGAGGUAGGAGCAGUUUGCAACAACGCGAUUAUAAAAGAUGAGACAUUACUUGGAACGCCUACAGAGGGCGCUCUUCUAGCCGCAGCCAUGAAACACGGUAUGGAUAAUAUAGGCAAUCGGUAUAUCAGACUUAAGGAAUAUCCAUUCAGUUCAGAGCAGAAAAUGAUGGCCGUUCAAUGCAUUAACAAAUACGAUAAUAAUAAAGAAGAAAUAUUCUUCGUGAAAGGUGCUAUAGAGAAAAUCCUACCGAAAUGCACAACUUAUAAUCGUAAUGGAUCACCACAGCCAAUAAAUGAUCAAAAGAAGGAAGAAUUUAUAGCCGAAGCACACGAAAUCGGCAAAAAAGGCUUACGGGUUAUUACCAUGGCGAAAGGUACUACUUUGCAAGAACUAACCUAUAUGGGAACCAUUGGAAUCUGUGAUCCCCCUAGACCAAGAGUUAGAGAAGCAAUUUCUAUUCUAAAAGAAUCCGGAGUACAAGUCAAAAUGGUAACAGGAGAUGCAGUGGACACUGCAGUUGCUAUUGCGCAAUCAAUCGGUUUGGAAACUCUUCCAUCCCAAGUUUUAUCUGGGGAACAACUAGACACUUUUACCGAAAACGAAUUGGAUGAAGCAACUCCCAGAGCUACGGUAUUUUACAGGGUGUCUCCCAAAAACAAAUUGUCCAUAGUAAAAUCAUUACAAAGGACCGGCCACAUCGUUGGUAUGACCGGUGACGGUGUAAAUGACGGAGUUGCUUUGAAAAAGGCAGACAUCGGUAUAGCGAUGGGUAAGAAUGGAACGGAUGUGUGUAAGGAAGCUGCGGAUAUGAUCCUUGUGGAUGAUGAUUUCUACACAAUUAUAGCUGCCAUAGAAGAAGGAAAAAGUAUUUUCUAUAAUAUUAGGAAUUUUGUUACUUUCCAGUUGUCAACGUCAAUAGCCGCACUUUCUUUAAUAGCUUUAUCAACAAUAUUAGAUAUUCCAAAUCCACUGAAUGCUAUGCAAAUUUUGUGGAUAAAUAUUAUUAUGGACGGACCUCCAGCACAAAGUUUAGGAGUAGAACCAGUUGAGGAGGACGUCGUUAAACAAAAAGCUCGGGACACCAAAGAGCCUAUGAUAACAAAGAAACUAAUUUUAAAUGUUUUGCUAUCAGCUUUCUUUAUUAUUGGUGGUACCCUCUGGGUUUUUCAAAAGGAGCUAAGCUCCGAAGGUAUAACUGCUAGAGAUACGACGAUGACAUUCACUUGUUUCGUCUUCUUUGACAUGUGGAACGCCCUCUCUUGCCGAUCACAAACUAAGAGCGUAUUUACCAUCGGUUUGUUUUCAAACAAAAUGUUCCUGAUCGCUGUUACACUGUCAGUGUUAGGACAAAUGUUGGUGGUGUAUCUGCCGCCGCUACAGACGAUUUUCCAAACGGAAUCGUUGACUGCUUGGGAUAUAGCAAUGUUAACAGCGCUCACGUCAUCAGUGUGGAUAUUCUCCGAAUUUAAGAAACUCCUGGAAAGGUACAUGGAGAGGCGAACUAAGGGAAAAAGAUCUCCUUUAGAAUACGUAUGACAAAAGAGGGGGUCCGGGACGAAUUCCCGCUGCAAUUAGCUGCUCCUUCUCCUGUGCCCCCACCCCAAUUAUUCGGCCCCAUAUCCUUAGAAUGUGCAAACCCUUUUCUUUAUAGCUCCCGUCGGCAUUCGCGUGCUGAAUACGAUUGAAUAAAUUUACACGAUUUUACAGUUUUUCUUUUGUAAUAACUGUUUUUAGUCCCGAGGGUAUCUGUAUUCGAGGAUUAAUUUAAGGUUGUUUUAAAGGGAUAGGUUUGAAGUGGCAUAUGUCGAUAAAAAAUAUGUGAUGCAUUUACUACCAGUGAUUGAACUUAAUUGAUUUAAGUUUUAAAAAACUUUAUUGAACAAAAUACGUAAUUCAUAACGUUAGUGCCCUUAAUAAUCCCUUUUUUUAAUUAUACAGGGUAGAUCAAUUAUGCGAUACAGUAACUUCUUGAAUAGUCUGCAUUGUAUUUUGUAAAUGAAUUUUCAGUUCUUCCUCUCGUUAAGAGUUUUUCGUGAUAAAUUCCAAAGGUCUAAGUUUAAUGGUUAGCAAACACAUCAAGCGCCGCUUUGUUGUAAUCGCCAAGAUAUGUUAUAAAAUUUUUAAACGCCGCAAGAAACUCGGAUGUAUAUAUCUACUGCCCGGAAUAUUGCAGCUUUUCUAUUCGAUAAAUUUAUUUUUCCAGCUCAGAGCUUCAUGAUUAUCUCUUGAACUUCUUCAUACUUGAAUUUUAAUUUGGCACAAGCAAUUGUUUUAUUACAAAGACAAAAUUUCAUUUGUCAAUAUAAAUAUAAUAGUGGCCCAGAAGCAAAAAUAGCGACGGGAUUGUCGA